GGUGGGGCCAGGACCCCAGUUAGGCUUGGAAAAGGAUGGGGAAUUUAGGGUGAUGCCCCAGGCCACGAGGUGAUAACCUAAAGGGCGGUCAUCUAGUUCAGAAUGCGGAAACAGUGCCGGAGGCUCGGAGAGACCAAUCUUGAGAUAGCGUGGUUGAACUGGGAGGCAUGGAAACGCGGAACCAACAUGGAGGGGCGUGGUCAAAGCAUUAAGGGGCUGGACUAGAACCUAGGAGACGUGGAUGAUUAGCGUCUCUUGGUUGAGCCGGAGUAGAAGUUAGGGAGGAGCCAGGUUUGUGGGCGUGGCUAUUAAGGUAAAGGGGAGAGUCCCCAUUGAGUCUCAGAGAUGUAGCCAGGGCAGGACCCUCAGAGGAGUUUCUGCAGGAAAUGGGGUAAUCAGAGGGAGGGAAGUGAUUGGAAUUUGAGGGUGUGGCCAGAGGGUUAGCCAGGGCAGAAUCAGAACCUGGGGUGGGGGUAAUGGGCUAAGACCAGGUGCCGUAGUGUCCGACGCAAGAAGCUGGGCGGAGGGGAGCCUGGGGCGCUGCCAGGUGGAAAUGGGCGUGGUUUGAAAGUUGGGCGUGGUCAUAUGUGGGCGUGGGCAGAUAUCAGUAGGCUUGAAGGGACUCUAGGUGAAAGUGGUCACGGUCUGAAGUUUAACCGGACCUGAGGAGGGUAGGCGGUUCCAUGGAGAGCUGUCAGUUCAGGGGCAGGAUCGGAAGGAGAGGUGUGUAUGAUCAGAAUGUUGGGCGUGGUCAAGUUCCCAGAGCCCGGGCCACACUGAAGGUCUGGGCGGUGUAAAAACCUGAGUGUGGAGUCCUGAUGCAGUGGGCGUGGUCAGGGCUUGGCGGGUCCGGACUAAGGCAGGACCAGAGUCAAAAAUCACACAUUUCAACCUCACUGAAAUAAUGGCAAACACGUACAGAAGCUAUGUGCCAGGCACCACGCAAGGCAUGUUACACGAAUUAACUAAUUUAAGCUUCGCAAUCACCCGGGAGGUAUGUAUUUUUAUUAUCCCCAAUUUAAAAGUGAAGAAAUCGAGGCAAGAGGUUUGGCAACUUGUCCACGCUGCUAGGAACCGGCAGAGCUGGGGUUUGAACUCAGGCAGACACGUCCCCGAGUCCAUGUUCUCAAAAAACACUCUCCCUCCCCCCAAAAAAGAGCCUGGUAUCAGGACCCACAGCCAGGGACCUGAGACCCAGUGUGACCCUCCGGCUACGGGGUUGGCAGUGGAGGGCGGGGCAGGGCGCGGCGGCGUGGGCGCCUCCCAGGGCCGGAAGCGGCGGAGCCGGUCCCGGCUCCACCCCCGGCCCCGAAGCUUCGCCAGCCGCCGCCAUGAGUAGCUUUGGAGCUGGCAAAACCAAAGAAGUUAUCUUCAGCAUGGAGGAGGGCUCCGUGAAAAUGUUCCUGAGGGGCCGCCCUGUGCUCAUGCUGAUCCCCGACGAGCUGGCACCCAGCUACAGCCUGGAUACACGCUCCGAGCUGCCUUCCCGCCGUCUCAAGCUGGACUGGGUCUAUGGCUACCGUGGCCGAGACUGCCGGGCCAACCUUUACCUGCUGCCCACAGGGGAGAUAGUGUACUUCGUGGCCUCUGUGGCUGUGCUAUACAGUGUGGAGGAGCAGAGGCAGCGGCACUACCUGGGACACAAUGAUGACAUCAAGUGCCUGGCUGUCCACCCUGAUAUGGUCACCAUCGCCACUGGACAGGUGGCAGGCACCACUAAGGAGGGGAAGCCACUGCCGCCCCACGUGCGCGUCUGGGACUCCGUUUCCCUCUCCACCUUACACGUACUGGGCCUGGGGGUGUUUGACAGAGCUGUGUGCUGUGUGGGCUUUUCCAAAUCUAAUGGGGGCAACCUCCUCUGUGCGGUAGAUGAGUCCAACGAUCACAUGCUUUCUGUGUGGGACUGGGCCAAGGAGACCAAGGUGGUAGAUGGCAAGUGCUCCAAUGAGGCCGUGCUGGUGGCCACCUUCCACCCCACAGACCCCACCGUGCUCAUCACCUGCGGGAAAUCCCACAUCUACUUCUGGAACCUAGAAGGGGGCGGCAUGAGCAAACGGCAGGGCCUCUUUGAGAAACACGAGAAACCGAAGUACGUGCUGUGUGUGACCUUUUUGGAGGGUGGCGAUGUGGUCACCGGGGACUCUGGGGGGAACCUCUAUGUCUGGGGCAAAGGUGGGAACCGUAUCACACAGGCCCUGCUGGGUGUCCACGAUGGCGGCGUGUUUGGGCUCUGCGCCCUGCGGGACGGGACGCUGGUGUCAGGAGGGGGCCGCGAUCGGCGGGUGAUCCUCUGGGGUUCCGACUACAGCAAGCUGCAGGAGGCGGAGGUCCCCGAGGACUUCGGCCCCGUGCGGACCGUGGCGGAGGGCCGGGGUGACACGCUGUACGUGGGGACCACCCGCAACUCCAUCCUGCAGGGCUCUGUCCACACUGGCUUCUCGCUGCUCAUCCAGGGCCACGUGGAAGAGCUGUGGGGCCUGGCCACACACCCCAGCCGGGGACAAUUUGUGACAUGUGGUCAGGAUAAGUUGGUGCAUCUGUGGAGCGUGGAGUCCCACCAGCCCCUGUGGAGUAGGAUCAUCGAGGACCCGGCCUACUCUGCUGGCUUCCACCCCAGUGGCUGUGUCCUGGCCAUUGGCACGGCGACGGGCAGAUGGCUGCUUCUGGACACAGAGACCCAUGACCUGGUGGCCAUCCAUACAGAUGGGAAUGAACAGAUCUCAGUGGUCAGCUUCUCUCCAGACGGGGCGUACCUGGCCGUGGGCUCCCACGACAACUUGGUGUACCUGUACACGGUGGACCAGGGCGGCCGCAAGGUCAGCCGCCUGGGCAAGUGCUCGGGCCAUUCCAGUUUUAUCACCCACCUGGAUUGGGCCCAGGACAGCAGCUGCUUCGUCACCAACUCUGGGGACUACGAGAUUCUGUACUGGGACCCAGCCACCUGUAAGCAGAUCACUACUGCAGAUGCCGUGAGGAACGUGGAAUGGGCCACGGCUACCUGUGUCCUGGGUUUUGGCGUGUUUGGGAUCUGGUCUGAGGGAGCAGAUGGUACUGACAUCAAUGCCGUGGCCCGUUCCCAUGAUGGGAAGUUGCUGGCUUCAGCUGAUGACUUUGGCAAAGUCCACCUGUUUAGCUACCCCUGCUGUCAGCCUCGAGCUCUCGGCCACAAAUACGGCGGACACAGCAGCCAUGUGACAAAUGUGGCCUUCUUGUGGGAUGACAGUGUGGUCCUGACCACAGGGGGCAAGGACACCAGCGUGCUGCAGUGGCGGGUGGUCUGAACUGGCAGGUUGGGGGGUUCCCAGGAACAUGGGGCCCAGGUAGAGUCAGGUGGCAGUAUUGGAAUUCUAUUUUCGGGAGAUGUCUAUUGCCGAGUAGAGUAAUAUAUACCCAGAGUAUGUCUAUAGCAAAGGGGGUUAUGGGGGUGGGAGGGUGGACUGACAGAAGUCUCUAUUUAUUGGGGUGGGAAAAGGGGUCACAUUGCUUUGGGGGAGCCAUUAGGGUGUUUGGUUUGGGGUGUUUUUUAAGUUUAUUAUUUUAUAUCAUCCAGAAAUAAAAACACGUGCACUGAGGUGGAGUGUCAGGGUCUGUGUA